UACAACCCUGAUUUGGCCAAAGCAGUCGCGGGCCUGCAGCCACACCCGCGUCGUCAUGUAGCAGCUUUUGUGCUUUUUCGCUCUUGCGAUCUAUCUUUUCCUCUCACUGUCUGUCUAUCCAACCCUCUCUACAUUAUUCUUUGCUUGUCCGACUAUCUAUUUCUCUCUCUCUCUCUCUUUCUCUCUUACUCUCUCUCUCUCUCUCUCUCUCUCUCUCUUAUUCUUUCUCGCUCAGUCUCUCGUUAUCUACUUUUCUUUUCCACCAUUUACCCCAUCAACCAUUUUCGGUACUCGGGCAAAAGCUUUAUUUGUACGUCUCGUCGACUACCCAUCGAGCAAAUUCGGUCAAGUUUCUUAUGACUCGUGGCUAGGUGAGCCUGAACAAUUGUUGCUUUGAGCAGAUUUGUGCCCACAGGUGGUCUAGUGUGAUUCCCGCUGGAUCUAAGUGAAAGCCAAACUUGGCUGAUGUGUUUUACUGCUCAACUCGGUGCGUGACGCGCUGUGUGUGCGGUGCUUGCUUUUGACCUGUUGUGCCCAACUUGUUGCUCAAACUAGCUGAUAGUCUACGCUUCAUCAACUAGCACCUAUAACUACAUUUGGUUGGAUAUAUCUACAUGGUUGGAUCUAGCAAGCUGUACUCCUUGGCGCGGCUGUUAGUUGAUUAAAUCCAACAAUUAGAACGUUGUGUGAGCUGGCUUUAGUAAAGUUUACAUAAACACCACCUGGUGUCUUUUACAUAUUUCGUCGUCAUUUAUGCCCGAACGUUGCAGUUGCUCGUCACUCUUCAUUUGUUGAACUGGCACAAGUUAUAAAAUCAAGCUGCCAAGUUCCAAGAUGCCUCGGUGUUACAUGGUAAAGAAAGCUCUGUGCAGCAAGUAUAUCAACAGUAUGACGCGUACUUUUGAUGAUUGGAGUCCCUCGGCCACAUCGCAACCACCCGUGCACUCGGAGCCGCAGACGAAACUCCCGGCGCCUAAGCCUCGUUACGCUGCAUCUGCAACAGUUUCAGCUGCACACAAUUUCACGGGAAGUAAUUCAUCGUCCACAACAACGAAUGCUUGCAUAUGCAAUAUUAACAACUAUAACGACGCCAACAAUACCAAAGAACGAUUACCUGUUAUUGUGUCAACGACAUCGCAAACGCAAACUUCUGCAUCUUCCGAUUCAGCAGUAAAAAAUGUCGAGACAGUUAAAAUUACAACGUCAAGUAAGGAGGCAAGGAGUAAUCAAAUCCCAGCCGAACGACCACCUAGAGCGAUCGAGCAGCCUCUAGCCAAGUCAGCCUUCUCACGGCCCAAGCACAUAAAUAAGAUAACAAAUUAUGAUAGCCGCGCGGAAGACGCAGCCUCGGCGCGAUCCGCUUGUUUGACCGAUAUUCGUAAUACCAGUGAACAAUUACUUUUCAGAGACAGGUCUGCAGCCGAGACGGAAGCAGCACACGAUCUACUAGAAUUGUCACGCUCGCUUCCGCCUUUACCGCCGCCAAGCGUAGCUAUCGGUCCACACAAUGUCAUGGAACACUCGACUAAUGAUAUCCAAGAGAUUACUGGCUAUCAACUGUCAACUACAAUUGAACAGACUUCUUCGCAACCAGAAUCAGCAUUCCCGAUUUAUCAAGUUAGCUCGAUUGACCGAAACAGUGUUGUCGAUAUUUAUCAUCAUCCUUCGGAGCACCAUUAUCAACACCUGCACGCAAUGGCUGCACAUUGUUCACACUCGCCACCGCAGCCACCACCGCCAACGAGUAUCAUCUACGAGCCAGCGACGCUUUUGCAUACUAGCCACGGCGGGGUGUUCAUUCCCCUAUCUCCAGUGCAGGAAAUUCUAUUCUACAGUACGCCAACACUGCCAACGACGACCAUGAUAGCUGCUACGACGGUGCCAUCGCCUGUAAAACAACAAAUUUUGAUUCCAGCGUGCUCGAAAGCUUCGUCAAACGUAACACUGGUCUCAGAACGUCAUAGAACUCAGAGAUCCGAGGCGUUGGAACCGCUAACGCCGCCAACUUCUGAAUGCAGCAGUGACGUAGAAAACAGUAAUCCAAACGCUUUGCGGCAGCACGAGCUUGGCGUUGAACAGCGAACCACAGAGUCGCAGCUACCUGCAGACCAAAACAACAAAGAAAUACAGACUGCUGAUACAACUGAUACUAUGGAGUCGGCCACUUCUCCGAUUGCUACCGAGGGCCAAGCUACGGUGCUCAAGUCUGCAAGCUAUACUUACGAUACGCUUCUUGUUUCCGAUGGUCGUUCGAAAAGUCGAAAGCAGCAAUUGACGACUAGGUCACCAGAUAAUACAGACACCCAACACGUUGAUAAGCAAAACAAGUGUCAGACUGAACCGAAUGAUAUUGUUAAAGUGGAUGUCCCUGAAAUCUCAAGGCAUGGGAAAUACGUUUGUUCCGAGUGUGGGAAACAGUAUGCAACUUCGUCGAAUCUGUCUCGGCACAAACAGACUCACCGUAGCAUCGACUCGCAGUCGGCGAAAAAGUGCAUCCACUGCGGCAAGGCGUACGUGAGCAUGCCGGCACUGGCGAUGCACGUGCUGACCCAUAAAUUAUCUCACAGUUGUGGCAUCUGCGGCAAGAUGUUCUCGCGGCCGUGGCUGCUGCAGGGCCACUUGCGCUCUCACACCGGUGAAAAGCCUUACGGUUGUGCUCACUGCGGCAAGGCCUUCGCCGACCGGUCUAAUCUACGCGCUCACAUGCAGACCCACUCGGCCGAUAAAAAUUACGAGUGCGGACGCUGUCACAAAAGCUUCGCCCUCAAAUCCUAUCUCAACAAGCACCUCGAGUCGGCCUGUCUGCGUGAUCCCAACGACAAUGCCAAUAGUGACUGCGAUCCAUUACUCUUUUAAUCGACUUAAAUUUUUUGUAUUCAUGAUGAAAAACCUGAUGAAAUACUUACUAGUUAUUGGCAGUACUUUUUUGAAAAUCAUGGACACAUGCUUGAAUAGGUUGAAGAAAACUCCAAUGAAAAUUCAUCAACUUUUUUCCUCCAAAAAUUAACUUUUACUUAUUCAUUUGAAAUAAUAUAUAUAAUAUAAGCAAUAAUAAAAAUAAAUAUUCUACUUGUUAUAUAGAUACGUUACACUUUAACAAAAAUAGCAUUAAGAAUUAAAAUAUAUUCAGUAUUACUAGGAAAAGGUCACCUACGCGCGUAUGAACAAUUUCAAGUUCUUUUCAAAGCAUUGACCAGUUAUAUUAUACAGAUUAAGUUAUUCGAGAAAACGAACAUUUUUAAGCGGUUAAUGAAACCAAGUGAAAAUAAGUUUUAAAAUACUCUGAAAACAUCGAAUUCAAAAUAUUGAAAAUGAAAUUUUAAAUCAUUACUGAUACUGCAAAAACGCAGUAUCUCUCAAAGUUUUUAUAAAAAAGGGUUUUAAUAAAAAUUAACUUUACAUUUUUUCUCAAGAAGUGCUAUUAUAUAUAUAAAUAUAUAUGUACCCUGAGAAAUUAUGAACUUAACGUAAUGCAAUACUUUACGAUUUUUUGUACGAGACAGUUUGAUUUUGCUGUACCAUUUUUUGUACAAAAUAUACAAAAUAUUUGUGAAUGUGAAUGGAUAAAAAUGCUUUUGAUUCAAUAGCAUUGGAGAAGCCGGGAUUUACGAUAUUGUGCCAUAUAAUGCCACCCUCAAUUAUGAUAAAAAUAGCUCUAAAUGUAUGUAGUCAACAAUGGUUGCAAUGAUGAUAUUAGCUAAAGUUAGGUUUCUUAAAUUUUCGGAAGUAUUAAAAUGGAAGUAAAAAGAAAAAUAAAUAGGAAGCAAUUAUUUCUGAGGUAAGAUAUUUACUAAAAUAAGGUGGCAGGCAACAUAUCAUUUAUUGCUGUAAUAAGAGCGACGAAAAUACCAAUUCUGUGAUAAUUUAUCUUACUGCUUUGAUAUAUAUUUGCAUCAGAGAUCGUAUUAAUUCGAGUUUUUCCCAUCUUCUAAUAGUUUCUAAGCCUAGUGUGAAAAUUGCAUUAUAUUAAAAAUGCUUAUCAUCACUGCUGUAAAUAUGCCUGAAAGUCUAAAUCUCUUUUUUGUUCUUUUAUUAUUCAAAUUGUAAGAUGAUAUCACCAAGUAUUCACUCUUAUUCAAAAUAUACAAUGAAAAUUAUGCACAACUCGAUGUGUUUUCGUGAGAGAUUAUACUUUUUAUUUGUGUGACUUGAUAACAUUAGGAGAAAUAGCUUUGUCCAUGAAAAAAGUUCAUAAAAAAAUGAGCUAGAUGUUAUUAAUCUAGUAUAAGCACAAGUUUCUUUUACUUUUGUAUAAUCGGAAUAAUCAUAAGACGAUGAAAAACUACGGAGUCAUUGAUGUAGGUAAUCUAUAUUUUUAAAACAGAAAAAAAUAUGAAAAAUGUCGUUAUUCAGAACUUUUAAUGUACCUUAAGGAUUCAUUCUAUUCCCUCUCAAUAUAAGACUUCUACUUUUAAUCAAUAGAAAAAUAAUCUCUCGCUAGUUUUGUUCAAAGUACAAAACCUUUUUUUAAACUAAAAUUUUUUUUAACAAAAACUUUUUUUUAAGUAUUCUGAAAUAAAUUAUUAAAUA